AUGGAAGCUAAUAAACCAGUAACAACAUCUACUGAACAACCACAACCCAUAAGAUGUAAAGCGGCGGUUUGUCGCAAACCCGGGGAGCCAUUGAUUAUUGAGGAGAUCUUUGUGGCACCACCAAUGCCACGCGAAGCUCGGAUUCGUAUCGUAUGCACUUCUCUUUGUCAUAGCGAUAUCACGUUUUGGAAAAUGCGGGAACCUCCUGCAAUAUUUCCAAGGAUUCUUGGUCAUGAAGCAAUUGGGGUUGUGGAAAGUGUUGGAGAGGAAGUAACAGAAAUUACAAAAGGAGACAUUGUUAUUCCAAUCUUCCUUGCUGAUUGUGAAGAGUGUAUAGAUUGCAAAUCAACAAAGAGCAACCUUUGUUCAAACUUUCCUUUCCAAAUUUCACCUUGGAUGCUUAGAUAUGCUAACUCAACAAGAUUCACUGAUCUAAAUGGAGAUAUUAUACACCAUUUCAUGUUUGUCUCUAGUUUUAGUGAGUACACUGUGGUUGACAUUGCCAAUCUACUCAAGAUUGAUCCAGCAAUUCCUCCUAAUAGGGCUUGCCUCCUCAGUUGCGGGGUAUCAACAGGGGUAGGAGCUGCUUGGAAAACAGCAAAUGUGGAGCCAGGUUCUACAGUAGCUAUUUUUGGACUUGGAUGUAUUGGAUUAGCAGUUGCUGAGGGAGCUAGACUUUGUGGAGCAACUAGGAUAAUAGGUGUGGAUAUCAAGCCAGAAAAAUUUGACAUUGGAAAGAAAUUUGGAGUAACAGACUUCAUUAAUUCUGGAGAAUGUGAAAACAAAUCUGUGAGUCAGGUUAUCAUAGAGAUGACUGAUGGUGGAGCUGAUUAUUGUUUUGAAUGUGUUGGUAUGGCAUCAUUGGUGCAAGAAGCAUAUGCUUCAUGUAGAAAGGGUUGGGGAAAAACAAUUGUGUUAGGAGUGGACAAGCCAGAAUCCAUGUUGAGUUUUAAUUGUAAUGGGGUCCUUGUUCAAGGGAAGACUCUCAUGGGAUCCUUAUAUGGAGGACUCAAACCCAAAUCUGAUGUACCUAUUCUUCUUAAACGCUACAUGGACAAGGAACUGAUGUUGGACGAGUUUGUUACACAUGAGGUGGAGUUUAAAGACAUCAACAAAGCUUUUGAUUUAUUGGUUAAUGGAGAGUGUCUCAGAUGUGUAAUUUGGAUGGACAAAUGA